GUGAAAAAAAAAGAUAAUAGGCUUCUGAUUAGCUUUCUUUCGUCAUGUUUGACACACAAAGGGACAUUUCUUAGAAAACCACACAUUACCUCUGUGCAGCAUGUCGGAAACAACACCUUCACUUGGCUUUUACCAGAAAACAGCUUUGCCACAGGAUUUGACUCGAAACAGCUAGAAAGGCACAAUAACAGGACAUCCAAAUCUGACGCAGCACAGAGGAGACGACGAGGAGCAUCGAUUUCAUCAGAGAAUGUGAUUAAUGGAUGCAACAAAGAACGAGACAUUUAUUUACAUGGACAUGUAUGAUUACGAAAAUGAUUAUCCAAAUUCCUCCCGGUUUGGGGAAGAGAGUCCACAGAUAUCGAAAGGAUUCAUGGCCGUGCGGAUUGUCCUUUGCAUGCUGUUUUUUCUUGGUUUGCUUGGCAACACCACUGUGCUCUGGAUUCUCCACCGCUACAUCAAGAUGAAGACAUUGACUGACAUUUGUCUGCUCAACUUGGCUCUCUCAGACCUUACUCUGGCUUUGUCCCUCAUCCUGUGGGCUUACAAUUCUCAGAAUCUUGCUGUAUGCAAAAUCACGACGGGAGUCUAUCAGUUGGGAUUUUACAGUGGGACUUUGUUUGUGACCUUGAUGAGUGUGGACCGCUACCUGGCCAUCGUCCACGCUGUGGCAACCAUGCAAGCCAGAACCCUUGGCUUUGGCUUGUAUGCCAGCAUCGCUAUCUGGGUUGUAUCCCUGGCCAUGGCAACCCCACAGGUGAUAUUUUCCUCCGUUGAAAUGAGUCACAACAACUCCUUGAGUUGCCAGCCGGUUUAUCCAGAGGAAAGUCAGCAGUUUUGGAAAAUGCUCCGAAACUUCAGUGAGAACACAGUGAGUCUUUUCCUGUGUCUACCUAUCCAGAUUUUUUGUUACGUGAAGAUCCUGCUUGUGCUGUCUAAGACAAGGAACUCAAACAAGGGUCGAGCUGUGAAAUUGAUAUUCAUCAUCGUCUGUGUGUUUGUCGUAUGCUGGGUCCCCUACAAUGUUGUAGUUUUCCUUCAGACACUGCAACUGUUUGAAAUGUUCAACACCUACAAAGCAUCAACGACAAUCAGUUUGGCUAUGACUUGGUCUGAGGUCAUUGCACUGUCACACUGCUGUGUAAAUCCAGUCAUUUAUGCAUUUGUCGGGGAGAAAUUUCGGAAGCCUUUGGGGAAUUUGUUCUCCAGAUACUGUUACAAGAGCAGAGGCUCUGUCAGUCAGCGAGACAACUCUGAGAAAGAAACUUCCAACACACAUCUAAGAUCUCAUUAGGAAACUAGAGACUUGGAAUAGGUAGAACGUAGAUUAGCUGAUUCAAAAGAGUGUAACAUAGUUUGUAAUUAAUCGUUGAUUUAAAACUCGCUUCAAAAUUCAGCAGCGCCUUGAGGGUGGUGAGGUUGACUCCAAAUGAAGGGGAAAAAAAUCUCCUUCAGUACAAUCUUAUUUAAAUGAAUAAUUUGUUUAUAUAUAGUAUAUGAUUUCUUCAAUGGUGUGAUGCCAAAUUAAGAGGGGAAAUUUUAAAAAAGGAAAAGAUAAAGAUAAUGAGCUAAAUUCUCGUGGAUUUCAUCAAAGUGCAGGCAGACAUUGCAAUAUAUGUGGUGGCUGUCAUUGAAUUUCAUUAUGACAACAGCAUGUAUCGAACCCUCUGAAUCAUUGUAGAAACAAAUUCAUUGAAUGCCUCAUUAUUGUCAUUAUCCUUAUAUUUUUAAAAUAACGCCCUUACGAUGUGGGGUUGUCACGGAUGGACACUAAUGUCCGGGUCACCAUGUAUUUUAUUGUGAAAGGCGAUCUUCAAGUGCUCUCUUCACAGUAGUGAUCUGUGAUCAUCUAUCUGUGGAGGUCUGCUUCCUUUCCUUAUAAACACGGUUUUCAUGCUUUGAUUUUCUUGCAUGGCCUUCAGCGAGUCAAUUUUUGCUUUUGCAAUAUCAAAGAUUGUGUGUGCUUCGACUGCACCAAAUUUAAAAGAAAGGAAGCGGAGCCGCUUCCAUGAGCUGCAAAGCAAGCCAGCUGUGUUCGCUCCCAAAUCGGCGCAAAUGCCCCUUUCUCACUGCACACGCCCAAGAAUAUACCAAAAGAAAAAAAGUUCUACCCACACACACAGUAAGAUUGCACUUUGUAUGAAAAUUGCACUGGACACAAAAAUAGGUGUAACUUGAGAUAAGGCAUCAGUUGUACAGCCUCAAUCAUUUAGCACAGUGCGCUGUUAACUUGCUAAAUGAUAACUUGCUUCUGAGCGAUUAGAGUCAACAUGGUAUCCUAAUCUUCAGAAAGUACCCAGUUAAACACAGCAUUUCUGUUCUUGGGGUCAUAGAGUAGUGGUCUUAACUACUAUUCAUCAUUUGUAGCGAUUAAAAGUACUCAUUCAACUUCAUUCGUCUAAAUCGGCCUCAUCCUUGCCUAUUUUUUUCAUUUGCUGUUCAGUAUGUACAUCCAACAAACUGUUUUUUCUUCUUUUAGUCAACAAUAAAAAUCCUAUUCCUUUUUUUAUCCCUUUAUGUAACGUGUUAUUAACCUCAGUCGACCAUUGUUUGAUUUCACAUUAUUACAAUUAAUACGCCAAUAUUCCCACAUUAUAUAUAAAAUUGACAUUUCCUGCUCAUUUGCAUUUGCUAAUCAACUUCUCACUGCUAUGACAAUAAAUAUGUAUCAGAAUAUGCAUAUAAAUAUAUAUUUUUUUACACCGUAUUAUAAAGGCAUGGUAGACUGCUUAACCCUAUCACCUCUCAGUUCAGUCACUGUGUUUUGUAUAUGGAACCAGCCUCCCUGUAGGAGGCGUGAAUGUGAGUGUGAAGGGUUGUUCGAUUUGGCUGCUGACUGCGAGAGUCAAGUCAGGGCUAACUCUCCACAUCUUUUAGUUCUUGGGUCGACUCAAAACAAACUGUGGUUGCAACAUACUUUACAUGCGGAAUUUCCCAGAUUGUGUACAGGUUGGUGCCCAAAUUGAGUUGAAGUGGUUAACAUCAUGAGUCUUUCGUUUGUCCUCUCAUUUUUAGUUUCUUUUAUUGUUUGAUUUUACCCUAUUAAAUCCUCAUCAAUUACUGUUCCCCCCAUAGAUAGUUCUCUUUGUGACAUACCUCUUCCAAUUCCCAUGUAGAUUUCAGGAAUAAACGU